CGACCACUCGCUAUACUCCCCCAGCAUUCCAUCCCAUGGCAGUCCCGCCUCUCCCCCGCGUGGUCAUCCUCGACUACUAUGACUCUUAUACAAAUAACAUCGUCACCCUCUUGGCCAAGACUUAUACCGAUGAAGAGGUCUUGAACAACGUCAUCAUUAUCAAAGCCGACAAGUACACCUGGGAAGAAUUCCAGAAAAAGGUAUUACCGAAUAUCGACUGUGUCAUCCUUUCCCCUGGACCAGGACGGCCCGAGAACCCAGCGGAUAUUGGCUUUGCCCUAGACCUCUUGCGAUUACAUCCCGUCCCAAUCCUGGGUAUCUGUCUCGGCCACCAAGCCAUCGGUUACGCCUUCGGCGGUAAAAUCAUCAACACCCCCAAAAUCACCCACGGCCACGUCAUCCCCAUCGCCCCCGUCCAACCACCUCUCGGGCUAUUCGCUUCCCCUCUAUGGGCUCCAGCGGAACAGCAAAAGGACAGUUUCGAUGUGGUGGUAUAUAACAGUCUGGCUGUCGAUCCUUCUUCACUGCCCGAAGAGCUUGAAGUGACAGCAUGGUCCGUCCCCACGCCCGACCGUCCUAGUACCAUCCAAGGUCUUCGGCACAAGACGCUGCCCAUCUGGGGCGUCCAAUAUCACCCCGAAUCUAUAUCAUCAACGAAAGGCUCCCCACUCUUGCUCUCUUUCCUCUCCGCUGUCCAUGCCCAUCAUGAGAGCCCGGCGUCCUACCCGCCUAUUAUACCGCCCAUACUCGCCUCUUGCUCAUACCGCAUCCACCCUUCCACAUCCAACCCCCCUGCGCACCCCUCCCACAACCCUUUGCCGAGGCUAAGCCUGGUAUCCCAUCCUUUCGGCUCAACAGGCCAGGAACAAAAAACAGACGACAUCUUCAACCGUUUCAUCCGCUCGCCUUCACCCCCUAACAAAAUUAACGAAAGCGGCAUAGGCGAAAUAUGGCUAGACGGCCAAACACCCCUCCGCCCCACCACAUCAUCCCUCGCAACCCCCUCAUUUCUCUUGACGUAUUCCCUGGAGACGAGGGCGGUGAGGCUGCAUCGUAAAGGGUUGGCGGUAGAGACGUACGUGUUGGAGGAUGGGGCUACGUUCUGGCAAGCUUUUGCAGACCUCCAAACUGCUUUAUCAUCCUCCCUAUUCGCCUCCGCCUCCUCCUCCGAUGCAUCAUCAUCAGAGGAGGAGGAGGGGGAGGGAGAGAAAGACGUUUGGAAAGGAGGAUGGUCCGGAUUCUUCGCGUAUGAGAUGAAAGAAGAAUCUCUCCCCGGCUAUCUUCGCCGUCCUCCCACCUCUCUCAGCGCGAUCACUGCCCAAGCCGAAGGAGAGCAGGAAGAGGUGGACGCUUGUUGGGCAUGGGUGGAUGGGGUUUUGCAGAGGACGCCUGGAGGGGAGUGGAUCGCUAGAGGGAUACUGAGAGAGGAGAUGGGAAACGCAUCUCGAACGCAUUUCGACCGCCCUCUCCUCUCCACCAUCUCCCUCCCCAUCCCCCUCCCCAUCACCUCCCUCCCCGCCCAAGCCCCCGUCCAACCCCCGGCACCGGCACCUAAAGCACCAAACCCCCCCGCCUUCCCGCCAUUCCACCCCACCUCCCCCGGCUCGGCCUACAAAUCCUCGAUCGAACACUGCCGCGAAGCCAUCCGCCAAGGCGAGUCUUAUGAGUUGACGUUGACUACGAGUUUUGAGGGGUGGUUGCCUCCUUGUACUUCUACAGGACCUACAGGAGAGGAUGCUAGCGAGCAGCAACGCGAGCAUGAGAAGGAGGGGAAGCGGGACGAUGAGCUUUUUGCGAUGUACCUGCAUCUCCGGAAAUUCAACCCCGCUUACUAUUCGGCGUAUAUGCACUUCCCGACCCUUACCUCCCCCUCCCCCUCUCCUUCCCCUUCGUCUUGCUCCACCGCCUACCAAGCGAAGCCUGCGAAAGGCCUAACGAUCCUCUCUUCCUCCCCCGAACGCUUCCUCUCGAUAUCCUCCAAACGGGAGGUGGAGAUGAUGCCGAUCAAAGGUACGCGGGCAAGAAUCAAGAUCGGGAAAGAAUGUGUUUGUCAGCCUGGCAGCGGAUGUGGGGGUGCUGUACGGCGGGAAGGAGGGGAUGUUGGGGAAGCGUGUGUGAGGGUGGGGAGGGAAGAGGAUGAGAGGAGGGGGAGGGAGUUGCAGGAGGAUAUCAAGGAACGCGCUGAGAACCUCAUGAUCGUGGACCUGAUCCGAUCCGACCUCCUCCCGCCAUGUCUCCCCUCCUCCCUCUCCGUUCCGAAACUCAUCGCGCUCGAAUCAUAUGGCGUGCACAACCUCGUCACCACCGUCCGCGGCAAACUCUAUCCCCCUUCGCCUUCCACAGCCAGCCCAGGUGGUGGUGGCGGGGAGAUGGAAGCGAUCGCACGCUGUUUCCCACCGGGCAGUAUGACUGGCGCGCCCAAACUCCGGAGUGUCCAGCUCUUGGACGGGUUCGAGAAGGGUAAGAAGAGGGGAGUGUAUUCGGGGGCGUUGGGGUAUGUGGGGGUGGAUGGGGUUGUGGAUUUGAGUGUGGUUAUUAGGACUAUUGUUCGGCAAGGUGAUCGACUUAGUAUAGGAGCGGGAGGGGCUAUCACUUGGCUUUCGAACCCUCAAGGAGAGUGGGAUGAGGUUUUGACGAAAGUGAAGAGUGUCGUAGGUGGACUGGAGGGUCUCUGAGUGUAUACAUUUGCAUAUCAAUUCGCAUAGGGAGGGCACAGAGGUACAAACGAUACACGAUAGAGGAUACGACGCUAUGUUCAUAGUCAUGACAUACACCUCACCUCUC